AUGACCUCGAUAAAGACCGAGUCUAUUCACGAGUUCAAUUAUCCACGCUCUACGUCUCCUACCAAAGAGUCUCUUAGACCAAAUGCUCAUCCAUAUGCUAUAAAAACUACUUCCACAGCGCUCCUUUCUCGCUCGAAUUCGUCUUCCAGAACUCAUGAUUCUUCUCAUCAUCACUAUGUUCCUCGGACUCCUCCAGCGACCAGCUUAGGUCACAGGAAACACGAGGGUGCUCACUACAGACAUCGUUACAGCUCUAGUUUGUCUUCCGAUAACAUACCUAGACCUCUACCCGUUCCACCUUCGCCUACAAAAGAAGCGGUGAACGACUCUUCCGGCAAACAUCCGCGGACAUUUUAUAACCCUGUGGUCUUCUCAGCACCUCUUACGCUUGAGGAUCUUCCUCCCAACCCGAAAUUGUGGACUCCUUCCCAACUCUGUGCAUAUCUUUCUACUGCCCUUCGGGUCAAAUCCGGAGAGUCGCUCCAACUUCCCGCUCCAGUGGCGCGCGAUAUUGCGAGCUUUGUUCGAGAGAGCAAGAUUACGGGAAGAAUUUUCCUCAGACUUGACGAAAAAGAUCUGGAGGCUUACGGUGUCAACAAGCUUUGGAAGAAUGCUUUACUUAAGACCUCACAGAACUUGCGCCAGAACGUCCUCAAAGGUCAGAUAUGGGGCUUUGUUGAGGAGCUUGAAGGAACUUCGAAUGGGAUCAACUUUCCAUCCGUGGGCGACGCCCACUCUGGAUCCAUUGAUGAGGAUGAAGAUGAAGAUUCUACUCCUCAUCGUAGACGUCGAUCGGCUUCACAACCUCAAACCACACGGUCACGAUUCAUUGCUGGAAGUACUGUCAAGUCUUUCAAUCAUCCAUUCCCGAAUGGUCUGCCCGUAUACUCUUCUGCAUCAUCAUCAUCAUCCUCCGACGACCUUUUUUUACCCACCGGUAUCAGUCCCUCGGUCUCGUUCACCACACGUUCGACUUCACCUAACGGUCAUUCUCAUUAUAUGCAUGACAAUCGAUCUCGUCACGGAAGAGUCAAGGGUAUGGUUGAUUCAUUUGAGCGUUCUUCCAGUUUUGAUGAAGGUGAUCCCACCUCAGCAAAACUGUUGCAAGAGAUCAAAGGCAACCGUGAGCUAGAUUUGGAAAAAUUGCGAAAGAUAAGGAGAGAAAGGAGUGGAAGUACCAGUAGUAUCUCGAAUGGCAGCUCUGGGAGCUCUCAUUCCCCUACCUCGUCUUCUGACGAUGGCAGCGAGCCUGGCGCUUUCGUCGGCUCUCCAGUGGAGGAAUACAAUGUCUCUACAAUCACUUCUUCGCGCCCUCUCCCGAAUCCUCCCCGAAACGAAAUAGAUGAUGUUCUCUUUGUUUCUGGACUUGAAGAACCUUCGAUCGAGGAACUCCUCGCUCAAGAAGGUAGAUUGGAAGAUGCGAUCAGCAGUCAUACCAGUCUAGCAACUUUGAAUUCCACAUUCAAAAAUCAAACCCCAAGUUUCGCAAAAGGCACCUUCUCAAUUUCGAAAGGUAAAGGUAGAGCGAAGAAACGGGGAGGCGUUUACGCGUGGGAGGAAGAGGUGGAGGACCUGGGAGCCGCAGCUCCAGGAAAAACUACCGUGAAGAGGGUUUUUUCUCAAAUUCCGAUUCCCGCAACCAUGAUGUCUUCUGCUUCCAGUGCUAAAGAUAUUUUUGAGGAACCAGAGAAUGUUAACGGAAACAUCCGGGAGGACCAACUACGAUCUGUGGACACAUCUUCUCCCGCUCCUGUAAAGUCAGGACAAGGUUCAGGAACUCAUACUCCGUCCAGACCUCUUCCGGAGAUUCCUCUGCACCCAUCGCUUGUCGCCCUGCCAGAACCAGGAGAUAUAUCUUUUAGCCCAGUAAGUCCCAAGGAGACGGACGAAGAAACAAGGUUACGUGCUUCUAUCGCCGAAAUAACCGGGCUCUUGCAAGCUUUUGAAGUCCGGUUAGCGGACGUAGAACGCAAGGUGGAUGUAUUAGAUGUUGAGCUCAAGGAACUUGAAGUAGCGAAUCUAGUCAGGAACAAGCAGCAGGCCGAAGACGGUGUGCAAAUCAAGGACGAAACAGAACAAAUGACACGCGAAGAUAAAGUGGAAGAAGUAAAUGAGCCUAUUUUCCUUUCCGAAUGGCCUAUCAUGCGCAAGGUCAUAAACCGCGUAUUCCGUUUUUCGCCUGCCGGACAACUUCCGUCCAUUGGAUCUCGUGUAUUUCAUUCGCAAUAUUGGCGUUCUCCUUCACAUAUCAAUCCGCAGACACUCUCCCAGCUUCCGCCCUAUGUUCUACUCGUUGGGUUGGGCGUGUGUGCCGUGGUGCUCAGGGUGGUCGCGCGAAGGUUAACUGGGAAAAGAUAA